AUGAAGCCCUCACUCAUCCUCCUGGGCGCCGGCUCCACCCUGGCUGCCCUGCGCGACUCAAUUUCUUCCCGCCCCGACGAGAUCUGCAUCUCCUCGCAACUGCUGGCAGCGUCCUCCAGCAACCCGGUCUGCCGCAAUAAGGACGGCCUCACUCUCUCACACUCUGACGAGGCCCAGAACCCGCUCAAGGGCUCCGCCACGAGCUUCAGCUGGACGAAGACGUCUCCCUGCUUCAAGAACGGCACCGAAUCUCUCGAGUUCUGUAUCUUCCAUAGCCAAACCUACGGCAACAAGGGCAUUUCCAUCAUCACCGACGCUGAGCGCGCGGCACACAUUACCCGCAGCUGGGGAUUCACGAAACCCGAGUCUCUGGAGGGUACCAACCAGCCCCUACAAAAGUAUCAUGUCGCCAAGGUCCCGGGCAAGGAUUACGGUCUGGUCGCUACUGUACCCAUCAAGCGCGGCGAGAUCAUCGUCAAGGAGACGGCCAGUCUGCUCAUCGACUACGCCGCGUUCGCCAAUGUGCCACCUGCGGAGAUGAAGAAGAUGCAGGCCCACGCCGUGGACUACCUCCCGUUCAACCACCGCAGCCAGUUCAUGAACAUGUCUGCCCACGGGUACCAGGGCGACCACCUGUCCAUGGUCGACAAGAUCCUCGUGACCAACUCGUUCGACGUUGAGAUGGACGACGCCAAGCGUGACGACGACUUUUACGCCGUCUUCGUUAACACCUCCCGCAUGAACCACGACUGCCGCCCCAACGUGGACUACUGGUUCGACCCCCGCACUCUCACCCAGCGCACCACCGCCAUCCGCGACAUCAUGCCCGGCGAGGAGCUCACCCUCUCCUACAUCGACCCCAUGCAGACCCGCAAGGCCCGUCGUGAGCGCCUCCACGGCACCUGGGGCUUUCACUGCUCCUGCCACCACUGCACCCAGUCGCGCCUCAAGACGGACGCCUCGGACUUGCGCAUCGAGCAGAUCGCCCUCCUGCGCGAGGAGUUCAACGACUACACCCCGGCCUCCCGCGCGACGCCCCAGAUGGCGGAGUUGCUCAUCUCGCUGUACGAGCAGGAGCACAACUGGAGCUUGCUAAGCGAGGCGUACACGCUCGCCGCGAUCGAGUAUAACGGCAUCGGCGAGCCGUGGCUCGCGACAAAGUACGCCCGGCUGGCGAUCGAGUACGGCCUGACCACGCUGUGGGAGGGCCACGGGGACGUGAUUGAGAUGUCGAAGCUUGCCGAGGACCCGUGGGCCCACUGGAGCUGGAUGCUCAGGACGCGCAAGCGCUACAGCUGGGGAGAGAAGCGGGUCGUCGAGGUCGACGAAGAUGACGAGUAA